AUGCUUCAAGGACGAUUGGGUUCUGAUGAGCUGUACAUCAGUGACAAGGUGGAGGGCAACUUUGCCAUGCUCCGGCGCCUCAUUGACCUUUCCUGCUCUGAUCGGAAGCCUUACAGCGAAGCUCGAGCUCUGCUUGACAAAAGCAGUGUUGCUUCCCGGGAUGUGCCUGGUGCGGAGCUUGCGCAAGGUCUUAAGCUGCUUCCUUUCGCCGAAGUCACAUACGAGGCAGAUGAGUUCCUGAAGGAUUUCUGUCAAGAGCGUGGUCACCAGGUCCUUGUCCUGGAAGCUACAAGUAAGCCUGGCACGCCGGCCCAUUUCCUGUGUUUUGAUUCCGAGAAGAAGGAAGCGAUUCUUUCUGUUCGAGGCACUGCAGCGCCGGCGGAUGCUUUGACCGACCUGGCAGGCUGCAUAGAGGAGCGGGAGGUCGCAAAUGGCAAGCUGUACGCGCACGCAGGCUUCCUGGCUUCAGCCGAGUCUGUGCUACGGCGAGUUGCAGCUCCUAUAAGGGAUCUACUUGCACCUCUGGGAUAUGGUCUGACUGUGACUGGGCACAGCCUGGGUGCCAGCACUGCGUGCUUGGUAACGCGGCUGUUGCAGUCACAAGAAUCAACCUGGACUUCCCAGCUGGCAUCAAUUCGUUGCGUGGCAUUUGCACCAUGCCCAUGCAUGGAUGCUACAAAUGCGGCGCUAUGCGCAGAGGGCACCGAGGAACAUGACUCCCUGGUUCUCAGUUUCGUCUGCAACGAUGAUGUUGUGCCACGAAUCAGCAUGCAGAACCUUGGCCGGCUGUCCUUGCUGGGCAAGGGUGCUUCCGUUGAGGAGGUGAUCCAGCUGGCGACACGCGGAAACGUGCGCGAGACAGAUCAGCAGCUGCCAGGGAAAGUGGUUGUGCUGCAUCAUGUCCCAGGGCAAGGAAAAGACAAGGACACAGAUGCAUCUUCUGAGCAAGCAGAAGUGGACGAAGACGCUAACGCCGUUAAGGAUGAUGAGGAUGGUGAUGAGAAGGUGAAGGAAUCCAAAGAUGCCGAUAAAGCUCCCGGCAAAUGGACAGCUUGGCUUGGAAGUGCCGAAGACUUCCCAGAGAUUGGCUACAUCGAGCUUGCUCCCGAUGGCAUUAAGAACCACAUGGCCCCCUACUACCGUGAGGCACUGGCAGUUGUGGCUGCUGGCCGUGGUGUUGCCAUAGAGGCAGAGCCCAGAGUAGACGAAACCUUUCUGCGGUGGUACAAGCGUGCAGAGAGCCAGUGA